AAAAAUAUAAAAAAUACAAAAUGGCAUUCAGAAAAAAAGAAAAGACCGUCAAAAAAGUUAAUUUAGAUUUUCACAUAGACUGCUCUUAACCCGUAGAAGAUAAAGUUAUUGUUUUAAAUGAUUUCGUAGAAUAUUUAAGACAAAAGACUAAAGUUAAUGGAAAAUUAGGAAAUUUGGGAGAAAACGUUACCAUUUCUUCAACUGGAUCAAAAGUAACUGUUACUUCUCAUAUUCCUUUCUCAAAGAGAUACUUGAAAUACUUAACUAAAAAAUACUUAAAGAAAUAAGACUUAAGAAACUAUCUUUAUGUCACCUCUUCUGAUAGAAAAUCAUACUAAUUAAGAUAUUUCAAUAUUUAAUAAGACAAUGCAGAGUGAGACAUUCUUGGACUUUUUUAUUUAAAAAAAUUAUUAAAAUUUUUUAUGUAGUUUCCUUCUACAUAUUUUUUUAUUUUAAUUAUUUAAACAACAA